AUGGCUGCGGUACCAGCAUACAGGCCACCGCCAGGCCUACGGACAAGGCUACACGACUUUAGGGAUCAUCUAAGUAGGAGAUACAAGGUCAAGUUAGCUAGCUAUGAGAAUCUGCACAAGUUCUCCAUCACUCGUAUGAGCGAUUUCUGGACGAGUUUCUGGGACUACUUCGAGGUUAUCGGAUCAGACAAGCCAGCGCAGGCGAUUGACGAAAACGCGCGCAUCGAUGAAUUUCCAACGUUCUUCCAAGGGGCGAAGAUCAAUUUCGCAGAGAACGUACUUGCCAGGAAACAAACUGGCACCGCGAUCAUCAACAUGCGAGAAGGCAACAUGUGGAACCCAGAGAUCUACACGUGGCAAGACUUGGAAGAGCUGGUGAAGAAGUGCGCUGAUGCUCUGAAAGCAUCUGGACUACAACAGGGGGAGGUUGUCACAGUUGUUGGUGGAAACAACGUACGAUCCCUGGCUCUUCUUUUGGCGACUGGAGCACUCGGGGCACUCUUUUCUUCGUUUGCAACCGAUAUUGGUGACAAGGCACUCGAGGAUCGUCUCAAAGUCCUCGAGCCCCGGAUUUUGAUUGCUGAGACGGUAUAUUCAUACAAUGGGAAUAGGAUCGACAUCAGCGGCAAGAUCGCAAACGCUUCCAGGAAAGUUCAAUUGGUGAACAGAAACUGCGAGCUUAUCGUAGUAGACAACGAAGGAUCGACAUCAUCAUUAACAUCCGUUACUGCGUGGUACGUGAGCAGCGUCACUCCGUCAAUUGACAGUUGA